GACCUUUCACCCCAGCAUGGCUGCGCCCGUGGGACCCGUGAAGUUCUGGCGACCUGGCACCGAGGGGCCAGGCGUCAGCAUCGCUGAAGAACGACAGAGCCUAGCGGACAACGCUGUGACAAGCGUUGUUUACAAUCCUCAUGCCGCCCUCUCCAUAGAGCAGCAGAGGCAGAAGCUGCCGGUGUUCAAGCUUAGGAAUCAUAUAUUGUACUUGCUAGAAAACCAUCAGACGGUGGUGAUUGUUGGAGAAACAGGAUGUGGGAAAAGCACGCAGAUCCCACAGUACCUUGCAGAAGCUGGCUGGACAGCCGAAGGCAGAGUGGUCGGUGUGACCCAGCCUCGAAGAGUGGCUGCUGUUGCAGUUGCAGGGAGAGUUGCGGAGGAAAGAGGUGCGGUGCUGGGCCAUGAGGUGGGCUACUGCAUCCGCUUUGACGACUGUACCGACCUGCUGGCUACAAGAAUUAAGUUUUUGACUGAUGGAAUGCUGGUCAGGGAGAUGAUGGUUGACCCUUUGCUAACCAAAUAUAGUGUCAUCAUGCUGGACGAAGCCCACGAGAGGACCUUGUAUACCGACAUUGCCAUUGGCUUGUUGAAAAAGGUUCAGAAGAAGCGAGGGGACCUUCGACUGAUCGUGGCCUCAGCCACUCUGGAUGCAGAGGUAAGAGGACCCUUUUCCCAGGAGACACUGGAGCCAGCUGGCAGUUCAUUAGGGUCUCUAACCAACGAGCAGACCAUGGUGAUGGACUUAACCCUAGAUCUUUUCAGUCCUGUUCCAGAUUAUAUCAAAUCAACUGUUGAGACGGUGGUGAAGAUUCACCAGACAGAGGGCGAUGGAGAUGUACUGGCAUUCCUUACUGGCCAGGAGGAGGUGGAAGCCGUCGUGUCCAUGCUCAUUGAGCAGGCUCGCUCCUUGGCCCGCACCGGGAUGAAGAAGCACCUGCGCGUUCUCCCCAUGUACGCUGGGCUGCCUGCCUUUGAGCAGAUGAAAGUGUUUGAACGAGUGCCACGCAGCGUCAGAAAGGUGAUAGUAGCCACCAAUGUGGCGGAAACCUCCAUCACCAUCAGCGGCAUUGUGUACGUGAUCGACUGUGGCUUCGUGAAGCUCCGGGCCUACAAUCCCAGGACGGCCAUUGAAUGCUUGGUGGUGGUCCCUGUAUCCCAGGCCUCAGCCAACCAGCGUGCAGGCCGUGGUGGCCGUAACCGCUCAGGAAAAUGUUACCGACUUUAUACAGAGGAAGCCUUUGACAAGCUGCCCCAAGCCACCGUGCCUGAGAUGCAGCGCAGCAACUUGGCGCCUGUCAUCCUUCAGCUGAAAGCGCUGGGAAUCGACAAUGUCCUCAGGUUCCACUUCAUGUCGCCCCCGCCAGCACAGUCCAUGGUCCAAGCUUUGGAGUUACUCUAUGCCCUGGGAGGCCUGGACAAGGACUGUCGCCUCACCGAGCCGCUUGGCAUGAGGAUAGCGGAGUUUCCUUUGAAUCCCAUGUUUGCAAAAAUGCUGCUUGAAUCAGGACAUUUCGGCUGUUCUCAAGAGAUCCUCAGCAUUGCGGCCAUGAUGCAGAUCCAGAACAUCUUUGUGAUCCCCCCCAACCAGAAGUCUCAAGCGAUCCGCGUGCACCGCAAGUUUGCUGUGGAGGAGGGCGAUCAUCUCACCAUGCUCAACGUGUAUGAAGCAUUCAUCAAGCACAGUAAGAGCUCUCAGUGGUGCCAGGACCAUUUCCUGAAUUACAAGGGUCUCGUCAGAGCUGCGACUGUGAGAGAGCAGUUGAAAAAGCUGCUCGUCAAAUUCCAAGUACCCAAGAGAUCUAGUGAAGGUGACCCGGAUCCAGUUCUGAGGUGCAUCGUCUCGGGGUUCUUUGCAAAUGCUGCGAGGUUUCAUUCUACCGGAGCUUAUAGGACUGUCCGGGAUGAUCAUGAAUUGCACAUCCACCCUGCCUCAGUUCUGUAUGCAGAGAAGCCACCUCGCUGGGUGAUCUACAAUGAAGUCAUACAAACCGCCAAGUACUACAUGAGAGACGUGACUGCUAUUGAGUCAGCGUGGCUGUUGGAGCUGGCUCCACACUUCUAUCAGCAAGGAACGCACCUGUCUCUGAAAGCCAAAAGGGCCAAGGUCCAGGACUUGUGAGCGGAGCUAGGCAGCAGUGGACAGAGACUGCUGGGCGUCCCUCGGAUGAGAACUGGCUUAGUUCACGAGGACCUUCCCAGUGCCGAAGUGGACUGCAGCCCGUCCUUAGCCCCUCCUUCCCACUCCCUUCAGCAUCGCCCCUGGCUGGGACCCCGGAUGCGUUUCUGCAUGGGUAGGCCACGGCAGCUUCCCCGGCACCGCACAGGCCUUCGGGAGGCACUAUGAGCGCUCACUACGCAGCAUGCACUUAGAGCUGGCACACCUAGCCUGACGGGGAACUAGGAGAGAUGUCCCCACCGACGGUGGAAGUGGUGUGUGCAGUGUACAGAGCACCCGCUGGGCAGGCUGGCCCUGCUGGGGUCACAUCUGUUCCCACACUGUGCUCGCUGUGCCUGGGCAGAACCAGCUGGGACCGACAUCAUGAGACCUUGGAACCACUGGCUGUUCCUGCCCAAAUCACCAAGGAGCGUGUCUGGCAGGCACAGGGUCUCCCAAACCAUGCCCCGUCCUCUGCGGCCAGGACACUUGCCAAGGGCUUGGCGAUGGGCAGAAAGGACUUGGCACUGCCCCAUGUUAGCUAGGCGCAGUCCCUUUUCCUUGGGACUUAGCGUCCCUUCCUGCCGCCCUGGCAAUGGGCGGAGUCUUCCCGAGGGAGGACCCGGGGCUCAGACUGAGGGGUCGGGCGGCACCCAGGGGUCCGACACCUCUAGCUCAGGAACAUGACUACUGCGGUUGGUCUUGAUUGCCUUUCUGUAAGAACACGGUGUGGCGUGGCAGUCCCAGCAGGCACUGGUGUCGCCGUUGCCCCCGAGCUGCUCUGCUGUGAAGAUGUUUGCUUUCAACACAGUGGCUGUUACGGCCUCUCACCCCACCCCCACCCCUACAGUGUCAGCGACAUGUAGCUUGAGAAUUUUAUUUUUCUACUGAUAUAAGUUUGGAUAGGCCACUUUGGGAACCAAACCCAAAUGUCAUUUUUAUUUCUAUUUUAUAAACAGGUAAUAACAAACUUUAUACGUGAAGUAAAUGUGCCCCCUCCCAUCU